GGAAGUUGUUUUUCUUCAAUGUUUAAUUGGGCCCGAGCUUGUCCCAAGUAAGAAAAUUGGAGGCGAAGCGUAAACACGGAUUUUCUUUGGGAUAAACGGACAGGACUGGCUGCUAAGACGAUGCCACACUCCAGACGGUACCCAUCCUCGGAGAGGGCCAGCCACUGCAGCUACCAAGGUCGUUUUCGGGAGCGGGACAGAGAUCGAGGGAGAAAACCUCGGCAUCGCCGCUCACCGACGUUCUCCUCCAGCAGUGAACGUGAGAGGAGGGGGAGAGGACACAGACAGAAUCCCGGCUAUGCCCGAUCCAGGAGCUACGACAACCGCUCUUCAGACCGCAGGCCUUACGACAGACAUUACGGCGAGAGCUAUCGGCGCCUAGACCACAGCCGCGACUGGGACAGGGAGCACGGGACGCCGAGCAACUACUACUCCCGCGACACCUCGCCCAGCUAUGACUACCGCCGGGGCCGCGAUCGGGACCGUGAGGACUCGUACCGGGGGAAAGGCAGCAGGCGUAAGCACAAACGAAGGCGGCGUAGAACCAGGUCCUAUAGCCCAUCGUCCUCGGUGAGUACUUCAAUACCCGAGCCUGCUCUUUCCCACCCCCAAAUCCUUUCUCCUAUCUCUACCCCUACACGCUCCUGUCUUUCUUUCUCCAUAAUGCUUUUCUUUUCCACAGCCCCAGGAUUUGGUAAGUAUGAACUCCUUUGUUUUAUGUUCUUCUUUUUGUUGACGUUUUGUCUUUUUUGAUAGUGAUAGUCCAAGUCUUGGCUUUCAGUGUUAGCCCCAUCUGUAACAUUAAAUAGUGAGACUCAAUC